AUCCUGAGAGUGGAAGUAGAACUAGUAAGUAUUUUCUUUAGAAAUAAAUAAUUACUACACUUAAUAUGGCACUCUAAUUAUUUUUAUUGUAUUUAGCUAAAUGGCUUUGCCUAAAUUUCAGUAAGUUACGAAUAUUCAAGGUCCUUGGGGGAAAUUUAAAAUCUCAAAAUAGCCUAGAAAAAUGGCUACUAUAUUUACAAAGUAUUCACUACCCUUUAGUUGAUAUUUUCUACCCUCCCCAAGACUCCCUCCCUGCCCCUUAUUUUUUAAGACAGGGUCUCUCUGUGUUGAGCAGUCAUGGCUGUCUCCUUUUGUAGACCAGGCUGGCCUCAAACUCACAGAGAUCCUCCUGCCUAUGCCUCCAGAGUGCUGGGAUUAAUGGUGUGCACCACCACCACCCAGCUUAGUUAGUAUUUUCAUUAUUUUUUUUCAAAUGAGUGAACUAUUCAAGUAUAGGAUACAAAAUUUAAAUUGACUUUAUAAAACCUUACCAGCCUAGUUCUUUCAUUUUUGAGUGAUUUUGUUAUUUUAUGUAUAUGGGUGUUUGGCUCUGUUCAUUCAUACCACUUGUGCCCCUGGUACCCAAAGAGACCAGAAGAUGACAUUAGAUCCCCAGGAACUGGAGUCACAGAUGGUUGUGAGCCACUAUAUGGAUGCUGAGAAUCAAACUCAGAUCCUUUGGAAGAGCAACCAGUGUUCUUAACCACAGAGCCAUCUCUCUAGCCCCUGUCUACCUAAUUUAUAAAGGCAAUUACAAUAAAUAUUCUGAAUAUGUAGGUUACUUAUAUGGGCCUCAGAUUCACCAUCUAUUCUUCCAUUCUCCUAGCUUAAUGUUUUAACUCUUAAGAAACACUCCCAUAAAAUAUCUCUUGAAGUUGUAUCCUUAGGUUCUAUUCUUCAGUUUAAUUUAUAGAUAAACUAGUUAGCUAACAUGGAAAGCCACCUUUAACUAAAUGUUUGAACUAAAGUGGAGUUUGAUUUUUCACUGAAUUGGCCUUAAAGUUACUGUGUUGGUAUGGCUGUGUUAUUUACCUGGUCACCUUUUUAAGCGAAAGAAAAACUCACACAUGCUUUUUGACAAAUCCUUUGGUUUCUACUUAAGUCUUUUAUUUUCCCUUGACAUUGUUUAUUAAGGAUCACUUAUGUGAGGGAAAAACAAGGUAUCUUUGGGGAAAAGAUGCUACAAGAGGAUUGAAACUAGAAUCCCAUCUAAGCAAUUAUAAAUACAGGAGAAAAAAUAUUUUCAUUAUGCCCGGGAAUGGGGAGGUGCAAAGCUGGAUGAGGUUCCCUGGCAGGAAAUCCUCUGGGGAAAGUCAAAGCUGAAGAUUCCUUAAUGCUAAUGAGACUUUAGACUCAGGAUGCUGAAGAUGUACCCUGGACACCAAAUGAUUAUAAAGCAGCAUCAUAAUGCAGAUAAUUAUAAUAUAUAUGUUUCUAAUUACUGGCUUUCAAACGGAAAAAAAGGCAACUAGUUCAUGUGUUAGAAGCAUUAUUACUGACCAGGCAUCAUAUAACCUGAGCUAGUAAUCUGACCAGAGAGAAUCCCAACUGUCUCAAAGUAACUUGCUUCAGUAUAUCCCUGAGGUUAAAACUGUGUUACAUUUUACAAUUAAAUGGCUUCUCCUCCGUGUUCCUGAUGAAGGAUUUCCUCCAAUAAUUGCCUGAAGUAUUGUUCAGUGUGGAAGUAAUUUACUGUUAUUAAGAUGCAAUAGGAUUAUUGAAAGUGACUAUACUAGUAAACUUUUUGGUUGUAAAUGUGGAAGGUUGGCUGUGUGGUUAGAAGUCAAUCUCAGAAUCCCACUGGAGAUCUGGAUCUGAACUGUUGCCUCCUCUGAGUCCACAUUUCAUGACUUGGAUUUGUGCUUGGUUUUGUGUCUCUCUUCAGUAAUCCUCCAGAGAUCCUAACCAUGGUGUUACUUAUAUACAAGCAAUAAAAGGUUGUACCAUAACAUUAUAUAAUUUAGUUGGAGCUUGGUAAGGCUUCUAGCAUUCAGCAUUGCCAUGUGAACACCUGAAUAGAAGAUGGAAUUUGGAAAUGUAAAUGCUUUGAGAACUCUGUAGGUAGGAACUGACAUGGAGUUGGAAGAUGCCUUGCUGCUCUGUGGCGCCCCCUUGUGGUAGAUGUGGUGCUGCCGAUGUUUAUAGGAUUCCAAUUUGCAUUGGGCAUGCUUGUUUACAUAAAACACUCAUUCAUCUGUGUAAACAUGCUUAUAGAGUUAGUGUAAUUCUCAUGUAAGAAAUUUGCUGUGCCUAUUUCAUUUGGUUUUUACGUGUACAGAAUUUUUUUGUUUGUUUUUGGUCUUUUUUUUUUUUAAUAUAUAGUGAUGUAUUGUUUAACUUUUAUGGAAAAUUCCAGACAGACUCAGAAGUCAAAGUGCAGUGCUCAUUACCCAGCUCUAAAGGAACCAACAUUCUGUUGAUUUUGUUUUAUCUACAUGACCAUUCUGGUGUGUUUUCUAGCCAAAUUGAGGCCUCAAAUCAUGUUGUAUCUGUGAAACUGUAAGUUUAGACAUUGCUUUAAGCCAGAAUUCUGGGGUGAAAUAGAGGACUUGUUAGCAGUUCCAUCGUCAGCCUUAGAAGAUGGCUGGUAUCCUCAAUUCAUUGGGGUUGCAACCUAAAAUUUCCAGGGGACAGAAAGCCAGCAAGUGGCUAUUAGAAACACAUCCCACUGCUGACAGGCUUUAAAAGCCAUUUUUGCUUUUCAGAUUUUUGCAAUUAAGACAUACUUUAUUCUUCCUUAUCUCUCUUUUCGUCAUUCUAAAGAAACAUUCACUUCUAAAAGUUGACUCUUGUUUACUCAGUGUAAUUGGUUGUCGCCUGUUAAAAUUCCAUUUGUUUUCACGUGAAACGAUUAUGUUUGAUAAGCCAGCGUUAGAAAUUGUAUCCAAUUUAGCUGAUAGUGAAAAUCCUAAGAGGAAUGAUAAAAUUUGUUGAUUGUAGACAUUAGAAAACAACCCCACAUGGUAAAGUUGUGUCAUAAGCACAGAGCCUGGUAUCCUGGCCGAUGGUAUGGUGGCCCUCUGGAGGGGCAGAGAGUUUGCAGCUGGCUGGGUGGGCAGGGUUGGCCCGAGGGCCUGACUGAGUGGAGCCACGGUGGGUGUCAGGUUACAGCAGGCAGAGUGAGCGCGGGGACUGCCUGAUCUGGAGAGUGGCUUUGUAAUUACUGUGCUGAUUUGUUAGGGAGGCUUUGUCUUACUUACCAAUUAGCAUGGAUGUUACUGCAGAGACCUCUGAAACCCUGGGUAGGCUUUAGUUUAAAAAUAAGACCUUCCAGAUCCCGACGGCCUCACGGUCUGUCACUAGCAUGGGUGGAAAGGGGUGGGGUGCUGUUGUCUUUCCCUGUUUGUAAGUGGCAGAGCUUCUCGCCCUGUCGGACUGUUGCUCCCCUGGGCCAGGGACUGCCACUGGUGUCUGAAGAUUGCCUGAUGCCACCCCCCACCCCCACCCCCAACCCCUGCCCCCAUCAUGUACCUUCCUGCCUGGCGACAGCCCAGGACAGGGAGGCUGCUCUGUUUCUUGUAGCUUCCCUUAGGAUUGUGCCAGCAUCCCUGACCACCACUUCCUUAGCAGUUCAGUCUUUCUGGUCUCUUUCUUGUGCCUUGAGGGGAAGUUGGGCUUUAAAAGCUUAGCCAUGAGCAGGUUUCUUAGUGUGCUGUGUUCUUCUGGGUGUGGUGUGUUACGUGUGGAAAGCUAUCUAAGCCAGUAUGGUUUCCCAUUAACGCAAGAUGGGGUUUUUCCUCACUGCCAUACUGCAGGGAAGGCCAGGCUAGUGUUCUGUCGAGGACAGAAGCUCACUUCAAAAGCAGGAUAAGGAACAGAGAAAAUUCCAUUUCAGAAAUUGUUUCUGCACAAUUUCUCUCCAGCCCCACUUUAGCCACUGUUGACAAAGUGCAACUGGGGUUGCCCCUGGGAGGGGUCUCACUCUCACUAAUAAAAGAAUGUGAGAAUGAGUUCAGCUAGAGUUAAAAGAAAACCCCCAGGGUGGGGUCAUUGACAGCUACCCACAGGAGGGGAAAGGAGAGAAGGGACAACGCCUCUCCUCGGGAGAGCAAGGAGCCACGAGGCAGGGAGGAAGGCUUUAGGAAGAAUGAGGAAGCCCAGGUAUCAGACAAGAGCAUCCUUAGCUUCUGACCAGCAUCUGAGAGAGAGGGAGGGAGAGGGAGAGAAGAGGAAGAGUGUCUUUGUGACUUAGGCCUCAGAAAUGGCAGCAGACCCAGUGAUCUCGUGGUGGCCAGGACGGACUAGGCUGAGGGCAGGAAUGACAAAGAAGAGUACAGUAUCUCAUUAAGAGAAAUAGAGUCUUCUACCUAUCUUUUUGGCUGUUUGAGACAGGCUCUCACCAUGUAGUUAACCCUGGCCAGCUAGGAACUCCCUAUGUAGACCAGGCUGGCCUUGAACUCAUAGAGAUCUGCCUGCCCAGUGCUAGGAUUAAAGGUGUGAGCUGACUUUCCUAGAGGUGGUCCGAGGACUAGGUGAUUGGCUAGGCACAACUGGGAUAAUAGGUCUCUAUUCAGCUGGAGGUUAUAUUCACUUGCCAGAAGGAAUUUUCCCUUAUUGGGCUUUUACUGCCCCUCCCGGUCUGUCUCUGAGACUGAAUUCUACCACACAGUUGAUUGAGUUAGGAACAUGCUUUCCCCUGCUACUCACUCAAGGGAAACUGUUACAAGUCAAGAGCCUAGGCCUCUGGCAGCACCAGAUGCAGAUGAGAAAUCUCGGGUGUUCUCUUGGGAGCCUUCUCUUCCCUCUUGGCUCCUUUUUUCUUCAAAAGUAGUACAUUGGGGUGGGUAUGGAUGGAGAGAUGGCUCAGAGGUUAAGAACAUUGGCUACUCUCCCAGAGGACCUGGGUUCAGUUCCUAGCACCCACAUGAUGGCUUACAACCAUUCAUAAUGCUAGUUCCAAGGGAUCUGGGUCCUCUUCUGGGUGUCCUUGGGCACCUGGCAGGCAUAUGGUGCACAGACAUACAUGCAAGCAAAAUAUCCAUAAAAAUAAUAAAAAGUAGUAAGUUGGUGUAGAGGCCUGGUGUGGGAUCAGCAUUGCCGGUGGUCUCUCAGCAGCCUACGGUCACACUGGAUCUGUACAGGAAAACAAGGGGUGUGUCAGAGUAUGCGGUCAUCCCUCAAGAGCUACAUCCCAGUGCUCCUCCUAUCACUUCUUUGGUCCACCUGAAGGCUUCAUAGAUUGCUUUGGCACUGUAAUUGACUUUUGAAAAAUCGUGUGUUGGGGCUGGAGAGAUGAUUCCAGGGUUAAAAGCUCUAGUUUUCUUCCAAGGGACCUGGGUUUGGUUCUUAGCAUCCACAUGGCAGCUCACAGCUGUCCGUUAACUCCAGUUCCAGGAGACCUGACACCUGUUUUUAGUUUCUUUGGGCACCAGUUGAGCAAGUGGUUCACAGACAUACAUAUAGGCAAAAUACCCAUACACAUAAAUUAAAAUUAAAUCUUUUUUAAUUUAAUUAAAUUAAAGAAGAGAAAACAUGUCACUUAAUUGUGCUAUACCCCUGGAAAAUGUAAACUGAGUCUCUAAGUCCAAGAGGAAAUGUGUACCAGACACCCAUCAGUUCACCUUGGGGUGUCUCACGGUGACUGUUGACUGCCUGCACCCCAUCCCGGAUGCUAAGCAUGUACACAUUUGUCCUGCAGCAUUGCCGCCCAUCCUCCGUCUGAUUACCAGGUGCCUCUGCUCACUCUCAGGUAUUCUUUGAGCUUUAAUUGGAUAUGAGAUUUGUUACCUCUUGUCCAAAGGACAAGAUAUCGUCUCCUUUCCUUGGAAUUAGUGCUCAGUUGUCAAUUUUGACCCCAUCUGAGUAAGAAGUAAAGGAAUUUUUGUGUUUCUUCUGUCAGGUCUAAUGACUGUUGUUCGGGAUGGAUGUGUUAAAACAGACUUUAUUUACAUCUCUUUCUGACGUGCGUGCACAGAGCCUGCCAGUCUUCAUGGGCAGGAGAAGGCUCCCACCGUGCAGUCAAUCUAUCCUGGGCUGUGUGCUAAAAGCCUGCAGUAAAAGCAGUGGUUUUGAUGGUGGUGAGAUAACAGAAAUGGUUGUUUGUAAAAGAAGAUUUUUCUAUUUGUUCCAUGAAGAUUAUAGGUGUUUAAUUUUGGCAGUCCAUAUAAUACUAAAAGGACAGUGAUUUAAAAAAAAAAAAGGAAGAUAUCAUUUUUUAAUAGCUGGAAAAGAAUUAUAGGUAACUUUUAAAUUUGAAUUACAUGGGGAGGUGAGUUUAAAUGCCUUAAAAAUAAAGACAUUUUUAAAACAAUGAAGUUGUGUACAGGUAUAACUUGUAGUAAUCUUCAGACCUUGGGCAUGGGGCAUGAGGCAUUUCAGCUAGUCACUAAGGGUCACAAGAUUCACCUUGAGACCCCAGAGCCCCCGUGACAGCAAGCUGAGCCUUGUCUCUCUGGCUGAGAUUGAGCUGUCGUAAAGUAUGUGUGCACCAUGGCUAGUGUAGGAGUCAGCAGGCCAGGUCAGAUGGUCACGGUGACCUGCACUUUGAACUACUUGUACAGCCGAGGUGGGAGAAUCCUUGAGUCCGGGUUUUCAAGACCAACCCAUCUCUUAAAGCAGGAAAUAAAAGAUCACUUGUCAGUUGUAGUCAUAAAGUGCUACUCAAUUGGGAUUUUGUUGGUUUUGUGUUUGUUUUUUGUUUUUUGGGUUUUUGUUUUGUUUUGUUUUGUUUUGUUUUUUUUUUUACUCUCCUCACUUAGAAACAGAAAAAUAGGGGGCCUUCAUUGUCAAGACAGUGAGUACAGUGUGCUCUGGCUUAGUGUAAGAUGGCCUGACAAAGACCAGAGGAAAUCAUGAUUCUGAGGUCCUCAGUCUAGCAUCCCCUGGAAACUUCAGAAAUACAGAUUCCUAGUGCUUUAACAGGCCCCCAGCUGAGGCUGGUCCUCACCUAAGUGGGAGAGUGAGGUCACUGUGAGAGCUCACAGGCGGUGUCUCCAGGCUAGAGUGCUCUCUCCCUCUCCUGCUCUCCAGUCAGGACCAUAUCCGCACACAGAGUUCUCCGCUUCUGCUUCACACUUCCAUGCUGGCCCUCUGUCUCUUCAUUUGUUCCACUUACUGUUCAUUUAUUGAGGACCAUUUGGUGUCAGGGAGGGUCCCUAAACGGAGAGUGCUGAGGUGAACAAGACAGUGUUGUGCCUUUAGGGGCCUUCCAGUCUGGAGGUAGUUGACAGUCGUGCAAAGGGGGCUGCCAAGCCUGGUCUCAAGCCUAUCACUCAAGCUGCAGUCCUCUCACAUUUCCUGAGGUGUUAGUUACUCAGGACCUGGAAUGGUGGAACCAUGGGCAGCAGGUUAAAUGUUUUCUGAUGCUCUGGAGGAAAGUUGUGCUGACAUUUAUUACUUUGGGGCAUCAGCCUAAAAAAAAUAUCGUCUCUUUGCUGCUGCUGCUGCUGCUGCUGCUGCUGCUGCUGCUGCUGUGGUUGUGGUUGUUGUGAUGGUCUAGAGCCACCUGCUUCUGCCUUCCUGGUGCUAGGAUUAAACAGAAUGUAGCUUUGGGGCCUUAGGGUCCUUGCCUGAUGAGAAGUGGCACACACAGGGAUUGUUUUUGUUUGUGUUCUUUUCUUUUAGAUUUUAGUUUGCUACAGUUAGUGCUGACUGGAUCAAUUACACAGAGUACCUACUAGGCUCAGUGUCUGGGCAUGUGCCCAGCAUGAGUGAGGCUAAGUUUGAACCCAGACCUCAAUUUGAGUCCAGAAUGUCAGGAUUUUGUUCCUAACAAUUUUGAAGAGGCCAUAUUUGAUCUCAGAUCUUAUCGUAAGAGCCAAUGAUGUUCAAUAGAAAAGCAGUUGUUGGUAGUUUUUAGGCUUGGGUAACAGGAGAUGUAAGGAAGGAGUCACCUAUCUGAUUUCCCUGUGUGAGGUGUCUCCAGCCCAGCCAUGAGCCCUGGGAAGAUCUUUAGGGUUUUGUCUGGAAAGAAGACUUGCUUCUUUGAAAGCUGAGGAGGCGUGUGAGGGAGCUCCAAAGCCCAGGUAGCCCAGGAAGCAAGCUAACCUGACUCUGGAGCCCUUCCACUCCAGAGGGUAACCUUCCCAGGAAUCCCUUAAUGAGCUCCUGAUACUGCUUCUGCAGUCUGCCCUCCUUUGAGGCCUUUGGAAAGGUCACGUGCCUCUCUGACAGUGCUUAAAGAGCAUGGUUAUUUUUUCAGAGUGUCUGAGGAAAAAGGCUUCCACGGAGCUGGCCACCCUGACCCAGUCGGUCCUGAGCCAAGCUCAAAUCCACCAGAAGGAGUGUUUGCUGUUUGCUGUUGCGUUCUUGAAGGGCCUUUACAUUAUGUCUUGCUUAAGGAGAUUGGGGUUAUACAAAGCCCCGAGUGAGAGGUGCUGCACGUCACUCUGUGGAGCUGAAGGCAAAUGGCAAUGCUGCUACCUUUGGCAUUCUUUGCCUUGAUUUUGUUGCAUUUUUAUUUUUCUAUGUGACUUAGCUAGAUUGUGUACAUUUUGCAAUUUCAUUGGUUGCAUGGAGCCAAUUUUGUUUGCUUCAAUACAAAACAGAAAAAAGAAAGAAAGUAAGCCUGUUUUGAGACAUACUCCAUCAGAGGUCCUUAUUUAUAUACUUGAAAAACACCCAAUAUUCAAUUUGUUUAUCUAGUCCUAUUCACAGGACUUACUCACAGGGGCCCUUCACCUCCUGUUCAAGGCAACAUUACAGAUGUCCACAGGUUUUCCUAAAGCACCAGGGUGAGCAUGCAGCUCGGACCAGGUGGGUCAUUCUAAUUGAAGUUAGGUGCUGCUCAUGUUGAAGUCAGGAAUUCUCUCCAGCGAUGCUGUCAGCUGUUGGAAUUCUGCUGAAUGCCAGAUAGAUGUGUGUCACGAUGGAAGUGCUAGGGACUGAACCCUGAAUCUCAGCAAUAGCAAGUCUCUGAACCCUGAGUCAUCUCUCCAGCCCCUAGGUGUGACCACUAUGGAAGUAGCAGUUAUCUCUAAAGAAAUAUGUUAUUAGGCCAUCAAGAUGGUUCAGGAGUACUUGCUGAGAGAACCUCUAUGGCUCACUGACCCAUGGAGGGAGGAUAGAACUAACUGUAUCAAGUUGCCCCCUGACCUUCCAUAUGUACAUGCGCAUGCACACGCAUGCACAAAACCAGCUCAGGAUCUCUCCAGGGAGCCCUGUCUGUCCUGGAAUGCACAGAUCUUCCAACUUCUGACUUGCUGAGUGCUGAGAUCAAAGCAUGUGCCACUUUGCCCAGCUUAACAAAUUAAUUUAAAAGAAUUUUCAAAAGCAGUGUAUUAUUGAAAAACUACUAUGGUAGUACAUCUCUGGUCCUAACGAUGAUAACCCAUCUUGUUGAUGCUUAUGAAAUAAGGGGAAAUGGUUUCAUACAAGUAAUUCCACAUUCUUUAUAAGUAUUAACAGAUCUCAAACCGAUACUGGCAUGGAUAGGCUGCAGCUGUCUUCAUUUCUCCCAUCGGAAGUCAGACAUCCUUUAUGGGAUUGUGUGCCAGAAUCUGGCUGCUUUAUGGGGUGGACAACAUGGCCCCCCUUUAAACAGGGUAUUAAAAGAAACUUCUGUGAAGUGUAUUCGUUGUGUUGGCCUCCCUUUAGGAUCAGAUUUGAAAUUCAAAAGGCUUGUGAACCACAGGAGGGAGUUCCUGUGGUCUGUAGAUGUGGACUGAGCAUUCGCGAGGGUUGCAGAGGUGCUACUGUAAGAAACAAGACUGCCCAGCUCCUUUGGAGAGGGCUCACAUGGAUUUAGGGUGAGUGCUGCAGACAGGGCUAGCAGUGGGCCUGGCUUACUGAGAACCACACUGGGUGGUAGGAAAGCUUUCCUGACUGAGUGGCUAGACAGCAGGCUAACCUGGUUGGGUGUGGUGGUGAGUGGCUGUAAACCCAACACCUGGUAGGUUCCAUUAACAAACUCAACCCAAAUAUUCAUAUUGAAAGCCUGCCUGGAAAUUAAAAAAAAAAAAAAAAAAAAAAAGGAAGAAGAAAGAAAGAAAGAAAGAAAGAAAGAAAGAAGAAGAAGAAAGACAAGAAAUCAUGAGACAAAGGCUGGUUCUGAGAGGUUUUCAUAGCAGAAGUUCCGAAACGGGGACAGUAACUGGAGGCUAGGGAGGAUUGCUGUUCUGAAAGAGAACUCCAUCCAGACAGACAGCAGUUCUCACAAAGGGACCUCAUCAGAUUUCUCAGGGUCUGAGAUAGAGUCCCUUAGGUCUUUCAAAUACCCAGGCAUCUCUGAGGUCAUAGUAGGUGUUUGUUAUGACAUGUGCCCCGUGCCCCGGUAGCAGGGCCUACAAUCAGAGCAGGUUCCUUUUGUCCUGAAGCAGUUUAUCCAAUCACAGCUGAGGCUGGGAAACUAAGCCGAGCGGAACCCCAGGCCAGGAACCAUUUGAAAGGCAGUGUCAGCUCAGCCUCUGUGGAUACCCGACAGGCAAGAAGGCUUUGUGCACGUGAGGAAGGAAGAAACAUUUUGAGAGUACACACGGUUCUACCAGAAUUAUAUAUGUUGGGUAAAGGAGGAAAACGGAAGUUUGAUGAGCAUGAAGAUGGGCUGGAAGGCAAAAUCGUGUCCCCCUCCGACGGUCCAUCCAGGGUGUCUUACACCUUACAGCGCCAGACUAUCUUCAACAUUUCCCUUAUGAAACUGUAUAACCACAGGCCUCUGACAGAGCCCAGCUUGCAGAAGACUGUCUUAAUUAACAACAUGUUGAGGCGGAUCCAGGAGGAACUCAAGCAGGAAGGCAGCCUGAGGCCUGCAUUCACCCCCUCUUCCCAGCCGAGCAACUCACUGAGCGACAGCUACCAGGAGGCCCCGCCUCCUGCUCCUCACCCCUGUGACCUCGGAAGCACUACACCCUUGGAGGCCUGCCUCACCCCUGCCUCCCUGCUCGAGGACGACAACGAUGACACUUUUUGCACUUUGCAGGCUGUGCACCCUGCAGCUCCCACUAGACUCUCUUCUGCAGCCCUCCCAGCAGAGAAGGACAGCUUCUCCUCCGCCUUGGAUGAGAUCGAGGAGCUCUGUCCCACAUCUACCUCCACAGAGGCUGCCCACACAGCAGCCCCUGAGGGCCCGAAAGGAACCUCCAGUGAGUCCAGUGUCCAGAAACCUGAGGGGCCCGAGGAAGGCCGCACAGAUGACUCACGAUUCAUGGACUCUCUGCCUGGGAAUUUUGAAAUAACAACGUCCACGGGUUUCCUGACAGACUUGACCCUGGAUGACAUCUUGUUUGCUGACAUUGAUACAUCCAUGUACGAUUUUGACCCCUGCACAUCUGCAUCGGGGACAGCCUCAAAGAUGGCCCCUGUGUCAGCUGAUGACCUCCUCAAGACCCUGGCUCCUUACAGCAAUCAGCCUGUUGCCCCAAGUCAGCCUUUCAAAAUGGAUCUCACGGAGCUGGACCACAUCAUGGAGGUGCUUGUUGGCUCCUGAGACCUGGGCCCACGUGACUGCGCCCAGCCAGGCUCUGCACCCUUGCAGCCCCGACAGUUUCUCCGCACUGUGCAUGGACCCUUGCUUGCCUUUUUCAGAGAAAAAGAAAAUUUUACAAAAGGAUCACACUAGUAUUUUCUUCAAGCAGAGUUGGAGUGCCUUCAUUCGAGUAUGCCCACUUGUAACACACUCUUCUGAGUGGGUUCCUCAGAGCCCUGCUGCCCUGGCGUAGGAGAGAAGACAUUUGAAGACUGUGUUGCUAAUGUUGAAAGGUGAACAGGAACAGUUCAAGUGAAGCACAAGGAUUAAGUUGGAAAAGCUGUAAAUUGCAUGUGCAUAUUUGUCUAUUUUUUCUAUAAGUUUUAUUGCAAGAGGUAAAAAAAAAAAAGAAUAUAUAUCUAUAUUAUUUGGAUAAUCUCAGUACCUUUUCUGGCGUUUUGCCCUGUGUAAGUUGACUUGGCAAUUCAGCCUUUUUAGAGGCAUUAACUACUCGUAAGUGUUGCAUUUACAUGGCUGUUUAGAAAACUGCUGCCCAAAUUUAUUUUAUAUUUUUGUACAGAUUCUGCAGUUUAUGAUAUUGUUUUUCUAAACACAAAUGCUGUUUAUACCUAUGAAAUAGCUAUUUUGAUAGGAUUUGCUCACAUAGUUCCUGCAAACAUGAGAUGUACAAGUUGCACUUGUACUUUUAUAGGACUUGUAAUGUUUUAUAUGUGUGUGGUGCAAGAGAGAACUGGAUCACGUCAGUCUGCAGUUGAUGUCCCCACUGCAAAUACACACAGCGCUUUCAUAAAGGGCCAGGUGAUCUGACACCCAAAUUUCACAAGCACCAGCCCCUGGCACGGUCACCCGCCAGCACUGUGACUUCCAAAGCCAGAGCCCUGUCUGCUCAUCAAACAUGCAUUAAGCAGUUGGCGGGGAGAUGGCUGUGUUUCUUGGGGUAGGGAGGGCGGAGUUGAUGUGGCAGGCUCCUUAGCUCCCUCUUUUGAACAGAGGCUGCAUCAUCUUAUUUAAGAGUGGACUCAGCAGGGUGUGGUGGCACACCCCUGUAAUUCCAGCAUUUGGGAGGCAGGGGCAGGCAGAUUUUUGUGAGUUCCAGUCCAGCCAGAACUAUACAGUGAGAAAACCCUGUCUCAAGGUGGGGGUGGGGAGGGAGGGGGAACAGGGGGAUAAAAAACAAAACAAAACUGUAUUUAUGCCAAGUUGCUAUUUUAAUUGUUUUUAUUUUAAAUUUUUGAAAUGAAAACCCCAGUCUUUGUCUUUUGGCAUAGCUUUUAUGACGAGACCACAAUUUUACACAACAAAAUUUUACAACAAGCAACUGACCUUUUGCUGGAGGUGAGCCCCACUUCAGUACUUAGUUCCCCAGAAGGCAUCCAUCGUGUUGCUGAGCUGCCUCUCCCAUGUCCUUUCCCUGGAGCUUUUGUUCCCUCUGUUGCUAAGAGCUGCAAAUGGCAUCUUUCUGAUCAGCACAGUGAGCUAGCUCUGCGCACCUCCGCCAGCCGGGACGCGCUCGCUCGCUCUCCUGACAUCUGUGACUAGAGCCGCAGUCCACCGCCUUAUGUCAUGGUGUCCAAUCUGGUUGCUUUCCUUAAUUAACUGCUAAUUUAACUACACUUUACAAAGCUGUUAUUCCCAAAUACAUAGAGAGGAAUUUCUAUGCACGUCUCUGGCCUUCCCCUACCCCCAUGUGCUAGCCCCUCCAGCGGCUCUUUCUUUAGUGAUCCCCCCAACACGUGCACUCAUGAGAUGCAGUCGUUUGUUUUAGUGUAUCAGGCCUGUUGCUGAAACCGCCUUUCUGUUUCAUGGCUCGCUCUUGCAGUGUGGUAUUUGAGCUGUUGAGUGCAGGUUACAACCUAUAUGGCUUCUUUAGAAAUAACUUUUAUAUUUAUUUAAAAAAACUUAAAUUAUGGGAUUUUGUUUUUGUUUUUGGUUGUCUUUGUUGGUCAUUUGUCAAUAUACAGUCACCAACCAACUCUGCUCACUUCUUGCCAUGGAUAAAAUGGGCCUUUCUGGCCAAUUAAAAAGAUAAAUUUUAUAAAUGGCACUUUAAAACAAGCCAUAAAUAGAUUUAUUUUUAUAAUGCACAUGGCAAGCAAAUGCAUUUGUGAUGAAGGAACUGCUCAUCCAAGCAGAAGAUUUGUGGAUGGUGCGAUUAAUAUCUUUUUACCUUUUCUUCACUGGAAUGUGUCUGACAGGCUGACUGUCAGCUCUGGAGCAGCGGGAGGCUGAUCCAGCUGUGCUCCUACAGGCACCUCCAGCCUUUCACCAGCCCCUUCACGCGUGUGUCUCCUUUCUUGUAGGGCAGGGACCACACGUAGGGGAGGUUGUCAUGCACACUUGCAAGUGUCUCUGUGCCUGUCCAUCUUAAGAACUUGUCUGUCUUGUAGAGAGCAGGUCUGCCCGUACUCUGUGUGUUUUAGAACUGGAGGAUCCUGUGAACUGGCCACAUGCCACACACAUCUGCAUACAUGUGCAUAUACAGUAGUGUUGAUGAUUCCCAGCAAAAAUGGCACAAAGCAGUUGAUUGCCAUUGUCAAAAACUGAUUUACAGUAACUUAGAACAACUGUACUUUUGUUGGAUUAGCAAAUCAUGUGUUUAAACAAUCCCAUAUGUUGGGCAACAGUUCAAAUAAGCACAGAGAAGCAUUGCCCAAACUUGGUUCUCAAACUCUAGUGCAUUUGUAAGGCUGGGCUUCAAAAUCAAAACACCCACCCCCAACACCGGCAGGCAGAGUGCUAAUUCCUGAAACAUCCAUGGGAAGCCAAUGGCCCUGUUUUCAGGAAGAGCAAGCCCACCAAGAGUUAAGACUGUCUUUGUGUCCUAUUUAUACUAAGCCAUGUCCCAACAGGGAAGAGUUUGGAACCAGAGUGAGAGCUCCCAGUCCCAGUUUGAGUGGGGGAAUGUGCUUCUAGACGCUUCCUGGCAGUAGUGGCUCACCUUCACAAAGACAGUCUUGUGGCAUCCGAGCCAGGCAGACAGCCUGGGGUGCCUGGGCCUGACAAGCUUGUUGACAAUGACGUGCAAUGACGUGACAAGGUGAGAGCAGAAUCCUGAGAGACUUAAAGGGAUGGUUUUCCCCAUAAGUUAUUUAUUCUUUUUUUUUUUCUGUGUAAAUAUAUUUAUUUUAUUGUGGCACUCUAAUAACAUCCUGGUGGUAUGGUGCAGAAUGUAUGGUAGGAAUGUAUUUCUUGUAGGGAUGUAGAUCUGUGUGUAUUAAAAGGGGGAGCCAAGCCAGCCCCCACCUGUCUCUUCAUCAGAUACAGUCCACAUUCAUUUUUAACUCUCAUCUCCAAUAUGGGUCUAUUUAAAAUAUGCAAAAAGGUAUGGAUGAGGAAUGUUUUAAUACCUCCAAAUUUUUAAAAAAAUCAAGCAUAAAAGAGUUGAUAAUUUUUUAAAGUUUUCUUAGUAGCACUUUCUCUUGAUGACAGAAGGGCAACACAUAGGCACCCACCUUCAUACCAAAGGGUGAGAAAUGGCCACAGCCUCCUACACCACUCCAGUGUCUUUAGCAAUUGAGCUUUCUAUCGCCAUAGCCCCAACCAUCCUGAGGUCAAUCAAGGAAAAUUUCUUUACGACGUAAGCUCCAAAGAGCCAAAGUAUCAACUCACGGAUCAUUUUUAAAGCCUAAAUUUCUUACCACCUUUGCAGUAAACAAUGAAUUAUGAACACUGCAAGGGCAGCCUUCUUAAAUGACAGACACAAAGACUGCUUGUGCAGCAAUCGCUACUCUACUCUCUGAAUUGUCUUAAUUGUGAAACCUUGCUCUUACAGAUUGAACCUUUUUACAUUUCUGAAAAUAGCAGAAAGAGCAUAUUUGACUUGUCCUAGCUGUAAGUGGUUGGUUCUUGUUGCUGCCCGGCCCCUGGAUGCCAGCAGGGUGUGCAUCCGCCCGUGUGCAACUGUCUCCAGUGCUUCCAAGGGUGACUCUACAUGGCUCUUGGCCAGGAUCAAACGCUCUUGCAGACAAAGCCAGUAUAGAUUUUAGACUUCUUUUGGGGAAUUUGGGAGAGAAGAGUAGUCCAUAUGUACAGCUAAAGUGGUGACAGUGUACAUGGGGACGUGUUGGUGCGUGGGUUUUGAGGAAGGACGUGUGACCUUUCCCCACAGACCUGAGAGCUGUGCCUUUUCUAUGCAAUAUUACAGACGUCACAUCAGAACCCAGAGGGCUGUGUUCAAUAUAGAUUCAUUCAGGCUGUAUUCUAAACAAUUGGACAGAUUAAAUGUACAUGGAAAUGAGCAGUCUUUUGUAGUUUUAUAUUAUACAAUAAACAGUUAAAAGAUGAAA